AUGAAGGGUGCUUUGGUUCUAGCCGCGGCUGGGCUGCUUGGCUCUGCCCAGGCUUCCGGUAUUCAGAAGCUCAAGCUCAAGAAGGUCCCUCUUGCAAAGCAGCUCGAGUCUAUUCCCAUCGAUGCACAGAUCCGGGGCCUCGGCCAGAAGUACAUGGGUGCCCGCCUGGGCAGCCAUGCCGAUGAGAUGUUCAAGACCGCCGUCGUUGAGACCGACGACAACCACCCGCUGCCCGUCAGCAACUUCCUCAAUGCUCAGUACUUUGCCGAGAUCUCCAUUGGAACUCCGCCCCAGAGCUUUAAGGUUGUGCUCGACACUGGCAGCUCCAACCUCUGGGUGCCUUCCAGCCAGUGUGGAUCUAUCGCCUGCUACCUCCACACCAAGUAUGACUCCGAGUCUUCGUCGUCGUACAAGUCCAACGGCAGCGCCUUUGCCGCCCAGUACGGCUCGGGCAGCCUGAGCGGCUUCGUGUCGCAAGACACAGUGUCUAUCGGCGAUUUGAAGAUCGUUAAGCAAGACUUCGCCGAGGCCACCGAGGAACCUGGCUUGGCCUUUGCCUUUGCCCGCUUCGACGGCAUCCUGGGCCUGGGCUUCGACACCAUCUCGGUCAACCACAUUGUGCCUCCCUUCUACAACUUGAUCAACCAGAAGCUCAUCGACAGCGGUGUCUUUGCCUUCUACCUCGGCAACGCCGAUUCUGACGGCGAUGAUUCCGAGGCCGUCUUUGGCGGUGUUGAUAAGGCGCACUACACCGGCAAGAUCACCACCAUCCCGCUGCGCCGCAAGGCCUACUGGGAGGUUGAUCUUGACUCCAUCUCGCUGGGCGAGGACACUGCAGAGCUCGAGAACACUGGCGUGAUCUUGGACACCGGCACUUCCCUGAUUGCCCUCCCGUCCAGCCUCGCUGAGAUGCUCAACGCCCAGAUUGGUGCCAAGAAGGGCUACAACGGCCAGUACUCUGUUGACUGCAGCAGGAAGAGCAGCCUGCCCGACGUGACCUUCACGCUGAGCGGCUACAACUUUAGCCUGCCUGCGUCUGACUACAUCCUCGAGGUCUCUGGCAGCUGCAUCUCUACCUUCACGGGCGUGGACUUCCCGGAGCCGGUGGGCCCUCUGGCCAUCCUCGGCGAUGCCUUCCUGCGCCGCUACUACUCCAUCUAUGACCUUGACAACAACACCGUUGGCCUGGCCCUGGCCAAGAAAUGA